UCUCCUUGAAUCUAGGGGCGUUUCGGCAUCCGAAGCUUCGGCAAGCAAAGCAAGCUCCAGUAUGGGCAAUAGUAACAGCCUUCCUGUAGAAUCGAAGUUUACUGAUGCAAAAGAGAAUGACGGAAUUAAGUAUGCUGUGUCAUCUAUGAAAGGAUGCACUGCGAAAAUGGAAGAUGCUCAUGCAGCUUUCCUAAAUCUUGAUGAUACCACAUCCACGUCAUUCUUUGGUGUUUAUGAUGGACAUGGAGGACCUGAAGUAGCAUCGUAUUGUGCAAAACAAUUUCACAAUGAGCUCCGCAAUCAUGAAGACUAUCACAACGAUCUGACUAAUGCACUGAAGAGUGUGUUUUUCAGCAUGGAUGAGAACCUCCAACGGUCUGAUACUUGGAGGGAGUUAGUUAUUCCUCGUGAUCAUGGAUGGCUGUAUUUUCUCAAGACUGGUGUCUGUGCUAACCUUUGGCCUUUCCCACAGCUUCUUAAGUUAUCAUUGCACCUUGGUUCUUAUCAUACUAUGGUGCUGCCCCAAAUUAAGGCUACAUACACUGGGCCAGCACAUGAAGGGGGCACAGCAUGUGUGGUUCUCAUUAGAGAUAACCAUAUCAUUGUUGGAAACGUUGGUGAUUCUCGUUGUGUACUCUCAAGAAAUGGUCAGCAUAUUGAUUUAUCCUUCGAUCACAAACCAGGCAGUGAGUCCGAAAGAGAGAGAGUUAAACAAGCAGGAGGAAGACCUAUUGGAUAUAAGUGUCAAUUAGUAAUGGGGCAUCAUGUAGUCAAGGAACAAUGGGGCUUACGUAAUUUUAAGGGACGUAUAUCAAUCUCAAGAUCAAUUGGUGACUUUGCUUUCAAGAAGAACAAAGAUUUACCUCGUGAAAGACAAUUGUUGGUAUGCGAUCCAGAAAUUCUCACUGAUUACAUAACUGAAGACACGGAGUUUCUUGUUAUAGCAAGUCAAGGCCUCUGGUAUUGCGUGGAUAGUGAGGCAUUGGUUGCUUACAUACACGACCGUUUGUUUGCUAGGGCAGACCUGCGUGUCAUCUGUGAGGAGGUUGUUGAGUUUGGCUUGCCAUCGGGCGAAAACACGACCGUCAUUCUGGUUCAGUUCAACGCACGCGCCUUCCAGUACGAGCUGGUCGAUCCCGCUACCUUUCCCACCUCUAACAUUGCCAGCACCAGUGCCGGCGCGGCUGGUGCCAGCGACUCGAGCGCCACGAGCGGCGAGGUCGACGACGGCAACACCGAUGACGCCGACGAGGUCGACCCCACUGCCACUGCCGCAGCCAACGCAGCGACACCGGCGACGAGGUCAUCGUUGACGCCGCCGCCAUCGUGGCCGCUGGCAAGGAGUAGUAUUUGAAAGUAUCUAAAGAAAUAGAUCUAAAAUAAAAAUUGUAUUUGACAUGGACGACUUACACCCAUACGAGACCAAGCUUACAUGGAUGCAUGACUACGAUAGAGUAGUUUCCACUUUUAAUUUGUCCAACACAAAGAUGAUAAUAUUGUUCCUACGUACUUCUCUAAAACACCUUUCAUUAUAUUUUGGUUGUUCUACAGAAACUAUA